CCAAUAUUCCCGCUGGGCUUUUCUCACUGAACUCUCUCCGCCAUUUUCUAUUGCGUGUUUUUGCGUAACUCUUGAACGGGAUUUCCUCUGAAAGCUUUUGGCGAGGCGGCUUUCAUCCUUUUCCUUUUUCCAACCGUCGUCUUCGCCUUGCAAUCUCGCAUCGACUACUCCCUCGAUUGACACACUGUAGACGACGCUUACAGUAUGCCGGCCAUCCUUCUGAAAGUGAAGGGGCAGGACCACGAAAGCGAGUUUGCUCCCUUCGCCAAUUUAGACAAUGGAGAUGAUUUUGCAACCACCUGGAAAACAUGCACAAAGGUGAAGGACACUUUGGAGAAUGGUUCUCGUUUAGAGAAUCUCUCUUGGAGGUUGUGGCAUCUGCAUCAAGUCAUGGUAGAAACCAAAAAGAUGAAUCAAAUGCAGUUUAAAAAGAUUUCGUGCAAGACGACAAAGCGGUUUAGCGAAAAGGAUUCUCAAGUGUCGCCGCGAAACGCUCCUGUACCACUCGCGAGAAAGGACCUGAAUGCGCAGCCAAAACAGGUGGAACAAAAGCUGGUCUUUGCGGAAAGUCAAGCACAGCAGACCGCACUUUCUAUUCUUCAAACACCCUCCGGUGUCACCGAUUUUCUAGACCAGACGGACAUGUCGAAUGAUUGGAUGGAUCUUGGAAUUGCGAUGGACUUUGGAAAUGGUCUGCUAGAUAUGUGGAAUGUGGAAACUGGUAUUGGAAACUCAGGUGCAGACGCAGAUAUCGGAUUGGCGAACAUCGAAGACCUGCAAUCGUCUCUGAGUUCCUCUGGUGCGCUGCCAUCACAAACCGGGAAGACCAUGGAUGCAACUAUUAUUCCGCACAUUCAGGAUGACUCAUUCGGGGACAGCGCCUUGUCAUGGGUGAUGCAGACGGGGCCAGGUGCUAGUGCACCUCCGAACCAACAACGGAUGGCAAACUGCAGUUCCACCACUUCCGUACCUGACUCUCUUGGGUCCACGCGCACAAACCUUUCUGCCAACUCAUCCAUGCCAUUAGAUGUGAGAGUUGGAGAACCGCGGCAAGCUUCAAAGUACACCUAUCCUGUAACUGGCGUUUCAUCGAACUCUAAAUCCGACAUGUGCACAGCUGCUCCCACCUCUUCCCCUUACCAUGUCUCCAGUUCUUCCUCCCGUAAUCCAUCUUUUGGACGAGCGCAAUGGUCUGUCCCUUCAACAUCGAAUCAAACAUCGCUGCCACCCUCUGCACCGAUGCACUCCCACGGCUAUCAGCAGCCAAUUUCAACUGGCUACAAUUACGCACCAGCUACCACGGGGCUCACUCAAACCGAUUGGUCGUCCUAUGGAUAUAGUCUUAAUUCUGAGUCGUACUCUGUCUUGAAAAACGGUUCACAGUCAGAUAUGAUUUCCGCAUCAAAAGUCCCAAUUCAACAACCUGUAUCUCAAGCGGUCGCCCCCUCAUCUGCACCAUUGUCUGUUCCACAACUCCCGCAGCCGACUGGAAAGAAACCAGCGCCUCGGCGAUCAAGUUCUCGCCAAUCUGCCGUUCCCACUCCAUCCGCACCACGACCAAAAGCUGGCGGAGCAACUGCUGCAUCUGGGGAUGGAAAGUGCCAAAACUGUGCAGCAACAUCAACACCAUUGUGGCGCCGAUCCGUCAAUGACGAACUGUUGUGCAAUGCUUGCGGAUUGUACUUUAAAUUGCACAAUUCUCAUCGACCAAAGUCAAUGCGCCCUCGUGAUCAGCGAAAGGAUGCCGCUGGUCAAGUUCAGGAAGCUUGUUGCCACAAUUGUCAAACAACCAAAACACCGCUUUGGAGAAGAGAUGACGAGGGGCAUACCUUAUGUAAUGCCUGCGGUCUCUAUCUCAAGCUGCACCAGGAGCAACGUCCCCUAUCGUUAAAAUCAGACAUAAUUCGCAAACGCCAGCGAUACGAAACUGCCUCUGCGAGAACUGCAGCUGAAGGAACCGCGGACAAAAAGAUGAAAAUGGAUGAAAAUGGGCAGCAGUGGAAUUCUGGUGUCGUAUGGAAUGGUGGUGUUAAAAUCCCGGAAUCCCAGCCAUCGCAGCAACAGUUGGGAUAUCAGUAUGAGAGUCUCAAAGGAUACCAUGGCUUUGGAAUGGAGUUUGGGAAUGGUGGUCCGAGUGCGUUUUGAGGGGUUAUCAUGAAUAGAAAGACAUUCUGCUGUUUAUAUUUUGUGUUUGUAUGAUUUCAAAAAGUGUUCUUGUCAAAUAGAAUGAUAAAGACCGUUACGUAA